AUGAUUCAGUCAUCGGAUAGGUGCAGUGCCAUCGGAUUCGAAUUAAAAGGCCUGGCGACUCGUGCGAUGAUCUCACUGGUCGUCAAUCUUGACAAUGCAAAGGACCGGUCGUCGAGUACGACGGCGAAGUUCGCUCCGGGCGCGGCGCGCGCGCCUCCGUUCGAUUUUCGGAAUAUUCUCCUCUCGCCAUCCGCCCACAAUGUCGUCCAGCGACACGAAUAUCCUCAAGCCGACACAACGAACGCUCUGAUCGGCCGAAAAGUGUUCAGUUCUGUGAUCGUUACACGCCACGCUCCGGAGAACAAUGCUGUGGGAAAAAAUAACGUUCAGCUGGCAUCGGCGGUCGUUCCCAGCUACCUACCUACCUCUCCCCCCGCGGGCCGGGUGCCGGGUUCAAUGCGCCUCUACGCGUUUAUUCAUCGUUUGUGGGAAAAGUUGACCCCCCCUGGGUUU